AUGACAAUGAGGUUCGGCGCUAAGAAGCUUAAGGCUUCUCGAGCAACAAGGCUCGAAAAGCCCCCAAAAGGCCACUUCUUCUUUGCUGGCCGUACCUUUCCGCGGAUCAAGUGGUGGCAGAAGCCAAACUUGCGCAGGCUUUAUUUCUACUGUGUCGUUUUGAUUUUCGUCAACAUUGCAAAUGGCUUCGAUGGAUCUAUGAUGAACUCUCUCCAGUCUUUGCCAUACUGGCAAAAUUACUUUGGUCAUCCCAAGGGAGUCAUCCUCGGUCUACUUGGCUCGUCGAUGAGUCUUGGCUCGAUAGCAGGUCUUCCAUUGGUUCCGAUUAUCUGUGAUCGUUUUGGCCGAAAGAAAUGCGUUAUUCUCGGCUCCACUAUUCUGAUUGCAGGCGUCGCCAUUCAGGCUGGUGCCGCAAACUAUGGGAUGUUCCUAUCUGCUCGAUUUGUGCUUGGAUUCGGUAUGGUUUUUGCCACCAACGGCGGCCCCCUUCUUUGCGCAGAGAUCGCCCACCCUCAAGACCGAGCCAUUAUCACAACUUUCAUGGGCUGCUCUUAUGCGGUUGGCUCAUUCGUUGCAGCAUGGACUACUUUCGGGACUCUCAAAAUCAAAAGCGACUGGGCCUGGAGACUGCCAUCAGCACUACAAGCCUGGGCUACUGUUAUAGUCAUGGUUGUUAUCUGGUUUAUCCCGGAAUCCCCUCGAUUUUAUAUGAAUCGCGACGAGCACCACAAGGCCCUGCAGAUGCUAGCGAAAUACCAUGGCGAGGGCAACGAGCACGAUGAAUUUGUUCAGCUCGAGUAUACUGAGAUUAGAACCGCUUUGGAGCUCGACAAGCAAGUGAAUCGCAACACUGCGUGGCUUGAUCUUGUUCGCACAAAAGGCAAUCGCCACAGGAUUUCCCUAGUUAUUGCAAUCGCUCUCUUUGGCCAAUGGUCUGGUAAUGGCAUUAUUGCCUACUAUUUGAAACUCAUCCUGGACGAUAUCGGCAUCAAGACCCCCAACCAGCAGCUUGGAAUUAAUGGCGGGUCUAAAGCUAUGUCUCUCCUCGUCAACUUAUUCGCCGCAUUUUACAUCGACCGCUUGGGACGACGCCCUAUUCUCAUGGCCAGUACGCUCGGCAUGCUUACAUGUUUCGUGAUAUGGACAAUUCUGAGUGCGCGCUAUGCUAUUGAAGAGAAUCCAAGUGCAGGACUUGGGCGCGGCGUGGUGGCGCUUAUCUACAUGUACAACUUUUCCUACAACUUGAAGACUGGUAUGCCUCUGACAUACACUACGGAGAUUAUGCCCUACGGUCUGCGUGCGAAAGCGGCUACAAUCGGCGGCUUCGUUACCCUCGCAGCUGUUUUCUUCAACCAAUUCAUUAAUCCUAUGGCUAUGGGAGCCCUCCACUGGAAGUACUACAUCUUUUAUUGCGUCUUCCUCGGCUUCGAAGUUUGGUUCUUGUACUUUUUUGUGGUGGAAACUCGAUACGUGCCAAUGGAGGAAAUUGCCAAGUAUUUCGAUGGCGAAUCAAACGAUGUGCAAGCAGCGACCAAUGCCCAACUCAAGGCAGACAUGGCAGAACAAGGAACAGUGGAGUAUGUUGAAGAUGAAAAGAAUACGACUGAUGUCCGCCGUAUCUAG